CCAGAGCACUGUGAGGUUAGCUCAUUCCAGUUUAGCUCCUUGUUUUGUACACAUCCAGAGCUCUCUUUAGAAAAAUCAACCAAAAUCAUUUAAAAAUUUCAAAUUCGAAAAAAAAUUUGGAAUUUUGAAAAUUAAUAUCUUUUGCCUUAAAAGUAAAACUCCUUUUCAAAAUGUGUUGCCAAGCAGCUUGUGGAUCAGUCUCUUAUGCCUUGUCCUAUGGCCCAGUCGGACCUGCGCUUCCGGCCAUGAACUACGCGAGCUGCUGCUGUGGUCCAAACCCUCCUUGCGGUCCUUGGACAUGCCCCCCGAACAGAUGUUGCUGUGCAGGCGAGUGGGGUUGCUUUGGACCGUUCUACUAAGGAUCACUUCCCGGCGCUAAUAAAGCAGAUAACGCAUAGUGGGGUUGAAAAAUUGAGCUUUGGUUUUGUGUACAAAACAAUAAAAUUGCAGUUAAACUAA